CAAGGCUGUGUGAAUGUAGAAGUGAUCUGGGAAGAGGACCAAAGGUUCUUUGAUGGGGGGAAGAAUCCCAGCUGGUUGGGACCUCCACAGAGAACAUCUCCUCACUCAUAUCUACCUGAUCCAGAUGGAAUCUUGAUGGAAGUGAACUAACCCUCUCAGAUCUAUUGAUGAUGUUUUUCUAUUUUUCCAGGACACGCCAUGGAGAAACCCUCAAUAUAUCAUCUAGCGUUAUCUCCAGAUUAUAUAAUGGAAGAUGAGGACAUCACAGGAGAUUGUGGAGGAGAAAAGACAAUGAGCUCCACUAUGGAUGGAGGACUUCACAGUGUGGAUAGAUCAUGGAAUCCCUCUGACUCCGAGCAACCUCGUACUGUGAGGGGUGGUGCCGGGAUUCAGGUGGAAUGUUGGGAAGACUUGAGCUCUGAAUUAAGUCUUUCUAAACGUCAGAAAUCUCAAACAGGCGAGAACUCGUAUUCCUGUUCUGAGUGUGGGAAAUGGUUUCUUCAUAAAUCAACAUUCCUAAAGCAUUACAGAUCUCACACCGGGGAGAAGCCAUUUUCCUGCUCUGAGUGCGGGAAGGGUUUUUCACAGAAGGCUCAUCUUUCCAGACAUCAGAGAUUACACAAAGGGGAAAAGCCGUAUGUCUGCCCUGAGUGUGGAAAACGUUGUGCACAGAAAUCAGAACUUGAAACGCAUCAAAGAUCCCACACACGUUUAAAGCCGUAUACCUGCCCUGAGUGCGGGAAAGGUUUUUCACACAAGUCCUAUUUUUCCAUACAUCAGAAAUUGCACACUGCUGAGAAGUUUUUCUGCCCAAAGUGUGGGAAAAGUUAUACACAGAAAUCAGAACUUGAGAAACAUCAAAGAUCCCAUUUAGAAGAGAAGCCGUAUUGCUGCCCCGUGUGCGAGAAAUGUUUUUCACGCAGGUCCAGUCUUUACAUACAUGAAAGAUUGCACACGGGAAAGAAGCCACAUUCCUGUUCUGACUGCGGGAAAUGUUUUUCACAGAAGACCCAUCUUAUCAGACAUCAGAGAUCGCACACGGGGGAGAAGCCGUAUUCCUGCCCUGAAUGCGGAAAACGUUUUUCACAGAAGUCCCAUUUCAAUGUACAUCAGUUAUACCACACGGGGGAAAAGCCAUUUUCCUGCCUUCUGUGCGGGAAAAGUUAUUCGCAGAAAUCAGAACUUGUCAGACAUCAAAAAUCUCACACAGGGAAGAAGCCGUAUUCCUGCCCUGAGUGAAAUGUUAUGCAAAGAAGUCUUAUCUUGGAAAACAUCGGAACCCACACAACCAUCGAUUAGUGUCCUGAAUGUAGGAAAUGUCUUCUAUAUGAAUCAGGUGCCACUGCGAGAAUCUCAGACAUGUGUAAACCUCAGCACAAUGAUUUAUAAAAAUAAACCUUUCCAUUACA